AUGGAAGAACAGAUCAAACAAGCUGUACAGAUUGCAAUUACAGGGACUUCGGAUUAUAAUUUGAAGGAACAAGCAAUCAAUUUUUUAAAUGAAUUGAAAUCAUCUCCAGAUGGAUGGCAAGCAUUUUCUUUAUUAUUAAAAGAUGUUACAUAUCCAGAUCAAGCAAGAUUCAUUGCCUUACAAGCUUUGAAUGAUUAUAUUCCAUCUUUAUCUCAAGAACAAAAUGGUUAUAUAAGGUCAACUCUUUUGGAAUAUUUAAGUUCAAUCAUUUCAAAUCAUAAAUAUGAUAAUGCUUAUUUGAAAAAUAAAUUAGCUGAAUCAUUUGCAUCAUUAUUUUGUACAACUUAUUUACAAAGUUGGACUAAUUUUUUCAAAGAUUUUGAAAAAUUAAUCUCUAGUGAAGAUGAAAUUGCCAUUGAUCAAUAUUUAAGAGUUUUAUUAGCUAUUCAUUCUGAAAUUGGGGAUCAAUUAAUCGUGAGAGAAAGACCUUUAGUGGAAAGAAAUAAUGCAUUAAAAGAUUCAAUUAGAAUUAAUGAUAUGGAUAAUUUAACCAAGAUUUGGAAAAAAUUAUUAAUUGAUUUCAAAGAUAAUCAAUCAAAUUUAUCACAAGAAAUCUCAAAACAAGAUUUACAAGUUAUUGGUGGUUAUGUUUCAUGGAUUGAAAUUGGAUUAAUUGUAGAACCUGAUUAUAUUAAUUUAAUUUUACAAUUUUUAUCUAAAAAUUCAUUAAAAGCAACUUGUUGUGAAACUUUAGUGGAAAUUAUUAGUAAAAAAAUGAAACCUGAAAAUAAAUUACAAUUAUUAUCAUUAUUAAACUUAACAGGUGUUGUUAGUUCAUUAUCUGUUGAUGGUUCAGAUCUUGAUUUUGUUGAAUGUGUUGCUAAAUUAUAUAAUGCUAUUGGUUUAGAAUUAACUUUUAUCUUGGAUUCUUCUGAAGCAUCAUCAGAAAUUAAAGGUUCAGCUGAUCAACAAAUUAUUAAUUUAUUCCCAUUUAUUUUAAAUUUCUUGGAAAAUGAUUAUGAUGAAGUUUCUUUACAAGUUUUCUCAUUUAUUUCAAAUUUCUUAGCUGCUUUGAAAAAAAUUAUUAAACAAAAUAAUGGUAAUAUUGAUUCAACUCAUUUAAAUUUAUUAUCAACUUUGUUACAAAAAAUUAUUAUCAAGAUGAAAUAUGAUGAUAGUGAUGAUGGUGAGGAUGAAGAUGAUAUUUCAGAAUUUAAUGAAUUUAGAGCAAGAUUAAAAGUUUUCCAAGAUACAAUUGCAAUAAUUAAUCCAGAUUUAUAUAUUGAUCAAACUACUGCUUUAAUUGAACAAUCUAUUUUUGCAGAUACUAAUACUAAUAAUUUGGAUUGGAGAACUGUGGAACUGGGAUUAUUUGAAUUAACUAAUUUAUCAGAUAGUUUAAGAAAUAAUAUCUUGGGUAUACCAAAACUUGCAAUUCAAGAAUCAAAACCAUAUAUAGUUUUCCAGCAAUAUUUGUUAAGAACUAUUAAUUCAAAUGUUGUUUCUAUAAACCAUCCAUUAAUUCAAUUAUUAUUUUUUGAAUUAAUUGUUCGUCAUUAUAAUUAUUUUAAUGCAGCUACAGAUAAGGACGCAUUAACAAAUCAUAUUUUAGAAUUAUUUAUUUCAGUUGGUCUUUAUAAUUCAAAUGAAAAAGUUCAAAUCAGAUGUUGGUAUUUAUUUUUCAGAUUUGUUAAAUUAACUAAACCAAGAUUAAAUGAUGAAAUUAUUACACGUUUAAUUACAGAUCUUUCACAAAAAUUAUUAAUUGUUGAAGCUGAAUUACCUCAAAAAGAUGAUGAUUCAGAAUUAGUGGAAAAUUCAUCAAAAUUUGAUAAUCAAUUAUAUUUAUUUGAAACUUUAGGUUUAUUAAUUUCUUUAGUUGAUAAUUCCAAAAUUGAAUUGAAAAUUAAAUUAUUAGAUGCAAUUUUAAAUCCAAUUUUCAAUGGAUUAGAAAAAACUGUUUCAGAACAAAAUAAAAAUCAACUUGUUGUUUUACAAGCUCAUCACUUAUUAAUGGUUAUUGGUACUAUUGCUAGAGGAUUUGAAUAUGAUUCAACACCAAAUAAAACAUAUUUACCAGAAGUUGUUCAAAGAUUUAAUAAUACAUCAGAAGUUGUUUUGGUAACUUUAGAAAAUAUGAAUUCAUUUGAAGUUGUUAGAGACGCAGCAAGAUUUUCAUUUGCAAGAUUUAUUCCAAUUUUAAAAUCUGAUAUUAGUAGUCAUUUAUCACGUUUAAUAUCAACAUUAUUAAGUUCACAAAAUUUAAAAUUUAGUGAAAUGACUGAUUUUAUUGGAUUUAUUGGACAUAUUAUUCAUACUUUCAAUAAAGAUGAUUCAAUUUAUAAUUUAUUAAAUGAUUUAUUUACACCAUUAACAAAUAAAGUCUUGUCAAUGUUGGAUAAUAAAGGUGAAAAUGGUGAAUUUGAAAUAAUGCCAGAUGUUUCAAGGGAGAAAAGUUCAUUGAAAAAGGCAUUUAUCUUGUUAUUAAUUAAUUUAACACAAAAUAAUGUUUCAAGUGUUUUAGUUACACAAACAAAUAAAUCAAUUUUACCAAUAAUUUUACAACGUUUAUUAAGUGAAGCAAAUGAUUUAAAUGAUUUACAAGUUUCAAAAUUAUCAUUAAGUUCAUUAUCAAUUUUUGCAAAUAUUUUCGGUAAUGAUACAGUUAAUGAUCCAAAGGAUAAAUAUAAUACCGGGAUUGCAAUCGAAGGGAUUUCAUCAUUUUUAUUAGAAAAUUUAAUUAAAUCAAGUUUCCAAAUUCCAUUCCAAAGUGCAAAAUUUGAUAUCAAAGAUGCACAAUAUAGAUUUGUUGCAGAUGAGAUUGCAAAUAUCUUAAAAGCUUUAUUCAAUGUUAAAAAUCAAGAAUUAAUUACAUAUUUAAGAGAAGUUUAUUUCCCACAAAUUCAAUUACCAAGUAAUGUUGGUGAUGAUUUAAUUCAAAAUCUAAUUAACUUAGAUAUUAAAGAUUUUAGAAAAUAUUUUGUUAAUUUCAUCCAACAAUUCAAAUAG